CCAUUGGAUUGUAAUCAGCGUCAUGUCGGAUUCAUGUAAACUACAACAUUGUAACAAAAUGGCGACCGCUAGUUUAGGUGACAUCGGGGGUAAAGCUGGCAGCACUUGACGUUUAUCAGCCCAACUCGGCGGAGCGCGACUCUUGGGGGUUUGAUCUUGGAUUUCCCUAAAGACCUACUCCGGGUCGCGUGAGACCUACACUAGAGUGGAGUUCUACCCGUGCCGACUUUUCCUCAAGCUCACCCUGGAUUGACGACACACUCGUGGAUGCUGUUUGGAGCCCUAACUUCCUGACCUUUUACCUAAGGAUGUGGAUGUACCUCGCGUUCGGCUGCAGAAAGAGGGAAUCUUUAUGGAUCACGUUUCUGUGAGGCUUAUUGUUCAACCAUGGUAAAACUUGCAAACCCUCUCUACACGGGGUGGAUUCUCGAAGCAAUACAGAAGAUUAAGAGGCAAAAGCAGAGGCCUUCUGAGGAGCGAAUUUGUCAUGCGGUGUCCACGUUGCAUGGACUGGACAAGAAGAUCGUCCUUGAGCAGUUGGGAUUAAGUGUUCACGAUGGCUCCGUCCUUAAGGUUACAAAUAAAGGAAGCGCCUCCUACAAGGACCCAGGAAACCCUGGAAGAAUCGGAUCAAUAUUGCCUGCAAAUGCACCUUUGCCGUCGAUGGAAUCUAUAUGGAAUUCAAUUGAUCUGCGGCAUAUCGAUUGGAAUAAAAUACUCAAGAGGGCCCUCGAGGGUCUGGAUGAUACCCAUGGCUCCUCGCUCAAGAACAUUGAGCGGUAUCUGAGGAAUCAGGACGACCUCUCAGAAGUCGUCGACAACCCAGCUUUCCGGCAGAGGUUGCGGCUGGCCGCUAAGCGGUCGGUCAACAACGGCAGGCUGUUAAAAAACGGCCCUCGGUACAAGCUGAGCCACGGCGGCGUGGAGGGAAGGAACCCCAGGUGUCCAAGUGCUUCCCCCUUGGUCCUGUCUUCAGUGACACUCCUCCCCCACGAGCGCGAGCAGCUCCGGGUCGACCCCAUCCCAAUAUGCAGUUUCUGUCUCGGGACGAAAGAGUCGAAUCGGGACAAGCGGCCGGAAGAGCUGCUGUCCUGCACAGACUGCGGAAGCAGUGGGCAUCCGUCAUGUCUAAAGUUCUCCCCCGAGCUGACCUCAAACGUGAAGAGAUUACGCUGGCAGUGCAUUGAAUGCAAAACCUGCAGCUCCUGUCGGAUACAGGGGAAAAAUGCCGAUGAGAUGCUUUUCUGCGAUUCGUGCGAUCGGGGCUUUCACAUGGAAUGCUGCGAUCCGCCGCUUUCAAGAAUGCCAAAAGGAACCUGGAUCUGCCAAGUGUGCAGGCCGAAGGAGAACAGCAGAAAGCUGCUGCACAGGAAGGCUGACGAGAUCAAACGUCGAUAUGCAAAGCCGAUCGGGCGGCCGAGAAACAAGCUCAAACAAAGAAUGUCUGUAACCAGUGGUGAUGGCUCCAUGGUAGCACUUGGAGGAAGGGGGUCACCUGGUAGGGGUCAAAAGAUUACCGUCUGUUCCACACCUUCAUCCGGUCAUGCUGCAUCUGUGAAGGACGCCCGAGACAGAUUGACUGUCGCAGAGCCUUGUUGUGCGGUCAACGCCACCCAAUUCACCCCCUCCCCUCCCACCACCACCACUCCCUCCCUCACGCCCACCUCCACCCCAGCCACACUCACUGUUAACAAGAAAACCAAAGGGCUUAUUGAUGGGCUUUCCAAAUUCUUUACUCCUUCCCCUGUGGGCCGUCGCUCGCGGGCCGUAGCCGUAAAGCCGAGCGCGAGAGACAAGGGCGUGGCCAAACUGUCCCGCUCCCCAGAGCCGUUCGCCUUCUCCGCUGAUGCCCCUCAUAAGAUAACCCCGACGUCCUCUGCACUUCCCGCCGCUUCCAUGUCGACAGGACUUAGCUCCCCCCCGCAGGUGUCCAGCAGCUCCACCUCGGCGAACUCGCCCCAGAGCUCUUCCAGCCAGUCUAGUGUUCCCUCCCUGAGUAGUCUCUGCAGUAGCAGCCAACUUAAGGGACUCUUUGAUGGACUCUCUCACAUUUACACGACUCAGGGACAGUCGCGGAAAAAGAGACUACCGUGCUACGCACCGCCCAGACGCAGGCCCCAUACGCAGGACUUGUCCCAGUGCCUUGGAAAGAACGAGUUUAGCAAAAAUAGGUUACACCCCGCCUCCGCUGGGGCCGGCCGACCCAGAGGACCCCCUUUUAAGAUGGUCAGUCAUUUCAAAUGCAACCCGUUCCUUAAAAAUCACAGGACACUAGGCAGGCUGAAGUAUAGAGUGAGAGCUCAGAAGGGAGCCGGCUCACCAGAAAAGGGAGACUUGACAGAUGGAAGAAUUAAGCCUGAGAAUAAUCAUGGCCACCUCGGCAGGCUGCAUGUGAAGCAGGAGGCCCCAGCGGACUUGGCGGCCAUGUCUAGAGAUCACGUCACGGAGGACGACAUCGAGACGUUCACUCGUGUCCAGGAACUUGCUGCUCAGAAAACUGGCUCACUGACGAACACAGACUUUGUCCGGCGCCCAGCGGUUAUCGAAUUCGGGAAGUACGAGAUCCAGACCUGGUACUCCUCACCGUACCCACCUGAAUAUUCAAGAUUACAAAAGCUUUAUCUGUGUGAGUUCUGCCUGAAGUACAUGAGAAGCAAAAACAUCCUCCUACGACACAGAAAGAAGUGCGGCUGGUUUCACCCUCCCGCCAAUGAAAUCUACAGAAAGGACAACCUCUCCGUGUUUGAGGUUGAUGGAAAUGUCAGCAAACUCUUCUGCCAAAACCUCUGCCUGUUAGCCAAGCUUUUCCUGGAUCACAAGACCUUGUAUUAUGAUGUGGAGCCUUUCCUCUUCUACAUACUUACGAAGAAUGAUGAGAAAGGCUGUCAUCUUGUGGGCUAUUUCUCCAAGGAAAAGCUUUGCCAGCAGAAGUACAAUGUCUCCUGCAUAAUGAUUAUGCCUCAGUACCAAAGGCAAGGAUUUGGAAGGUUCCUUAUUGAUUUCAGUUACCUCCUCACCAGACAAGAAGGACAAGCUGGCUCCCCAGAGAAGCCGCUGUCUGAACUGGGUCGCUUAUCCUACCUGGCAUAUUGGAAAAGUGUCAUACUGGAGCACCUUUAUAAGCACCCAGAUAAACACAUCAGCGUUAAAGGAAUCAGCCGGGCCACCGGGAUGUGUCCGCACGACAUCGCCGCCACUCUGCAACAGCUCGGCAUGAUUGACAGACGGGACGGCAGGAUUGUGUUGGUCAGAAGAGAAAGGCUGAUUCAGAGGCACAUGGAGAGGCUGAGGGCUAACCCGCGCAGGAAUGAGGUAGACGUGGACGCCUUGCGCUGGAAUCCUUCCAUGACUCUGAACGCUGUCCUGUCUGAGGAGGAGAGAGAGGCAGAGAUGGAUGCCGAGCGGCUGAAGGAGCAGGCCAGCUGCUGGGAGAAGGAGGAGAGGGAAGGCUACAUGAUGACUCACGGGAGCCGGCAACCUCUCACCAAGGUCCACUGCAAGAUACCGUACAGGACCUACGAGCGCCGGCCAGCUCCCCCCUGGACCAGGCGCAUCCAGCGACCGGAGGUCAUCAGCGACGGCGACGACGACGAUGAUGACGACUCCGACGGCUCGCCACCCAUCCUGACGAAAGCUCACGCGAUGCUUACAGCCAAGAGAAAGAGCACAGUGGUUCUUAAGAAGCGAGGGCGUAAAAGGAAGCGAAUCAACAGCAGCGUAACUACAGAAACAAUCUCAGAGACCACAGAGGUCCUGAACGAACCGUUUGACAACUCCGAGGAUGAACGUCCGAUGCCCCGACUGGAGCACAACUCCAGGACGGGAAGGAUGGAGGAAGACGACGAUGACGACGAUGAGGAGGAGGAGACGCAAACAUACAAGAUAUCAGCUUUACCAAUGAAACGGCGAAGAGGUCGCCCGAGGCUUGAAAAAAAUGCGCACAAAGACAAUCUUGAGCACUGGAAUGAAGGAAGUGGACUCGUCUCAAAGAGACCCAGCAGACCCCGUCCAGUGAAACGGAAGAAAGGCUGGCCCAAGGGGGUUAAACGCGGCCCUCCCAAGUGGAGGCUCAAAAACGAACGCAAGAUGGGCUUUAAGCUGAACCUCUACACGCCACCUGAAACGCCCAUGGAGGCGGAGCAGCACCAUAUUCGCACCGACGACGCAAAACACGCACCGGACCAGGAGCUGUUCAGUGGAGACGAGGAGACUAAAGCGGGCGGGUCUUUGGACAGUCUGGAUCUACUGCAGGAGGGGCUCCACUCAGAGCCCCCCAGCCCUGCUGAUCACGGCUCCCAGACUUCGAGCUCGCCCGGAGGAUCGCCGGUGCCUUCGCCGGUGCCUUCGCCGGUGUGUUCACCUGCUCUCUCCGUUGAGGCUCCCUCCCCACAGCCCGCCGACAGGACUGACUCACCGGAAGCGCCAGGGGACGACCAGCAAGAGAGCGGGCAUGAGCCGGUCUCCCCCGCCAAAGACGCGGAGGACGACUGCGAGAGGGCUGCGUCACCCGAGAACAACAGCGGGGAAAAUGACGAGGAGGAGCAGAGAGCUCGGAUAGAGGACCAGGUUGCCAACGACGAAAAGCGCAGCAAGAAGGAAGUGUCUGAAAGCGGCGCGGAGGAGUCGGAGCAAAGUUCGAAAGAAACACCAAAUGUCACUCAAGCUUUUUUAGAUCCAAAAGAAGACGACAGCUCUGACCUAAGUCAGCAGGUUUCUAAAGAGCCGUGCAGCGAAGAGGUGCCGGUUGGUGCUGCAGAAAAGCUGCCGAAUGCGGCGACAGAACCCACGGUGGAGACGCCGCCCCCUACGGCAGCAGUAGUCGCUUCCAUAGCCCCUCCAGACUCUGACAAUCCAGCAGACUCUGAGUCUGAGGAGGAAAGCACGCCCAGUCCUGCUCCAAACCAGCCAUCUCUUCCACCCACGGGAAGGUGCGCGCUCAGCCCCGUGCUGAGAGAGGAUCCCCCCGUCUGCACGGAGUUUGACUCAGAGACGGCCCAAGCUGUUCAGUCGCUGACGCACGAAAGCGAAGGAGAGACGGUGUUCCAGGACUGCGCCGAGAGCCAGGAGCCGUGCAGGAGCCUGCAGACCUACACCCACGUGGCCCAGAGCCCUCAGCUCACGCCGCUGGACGACUGCCCUCAGUCGGACCACAGCAGCCCCCUCUCCUCCGCGCAGUCCCAUCCCAGCCAAUCAGUGCGCUCCGUCAACAGCCCAGCCGUCUCCAUCCUGGAGAGCGGCUACACUCAGAUAAGCCCCGACCACAGUGCCAUAUCGGUGCCCUCGCUCCACAACAUGGAGACCAGCCCCAUGAUGGACGUGCCGUCGGUGUCGGAUCACUCCCAGCAGGUGGUGGACAGCGGCUUCAGUGACCUGGGCAGCAUCGAGAGCACCACGGAGAACUACGAGAACCCCAGCAGCUACGACUCCACCAUGGGGGGCAGCAUCUGUGGCGCAGGCCCCUCCCAGAACAGCUGCUCCUACGGCAACAUCCCCCCCAGCGGCCUGCCCCAGAGCAGCUGCGCCGUGAGCCAGCAAAUGGCCGCCGUCAAUCCCGGCGGCUGCGGGAUGAUUCAGCAGAACAGCCUGAGCUCGCCGCCGCACUGCGGCGUCAAGUCGCCGCAGGGCUGCGUGGUGGUGGAGAGGCCCCCCAGCAACUCCCAGCACAACCAACACAGCCAGCGCAGCCAACACAGCUCUCACAGCAGGCAUGGCCCGCCACACAAUCAGCACAGCCAACACAAUCAGCACGCCCCACACAAUCAGCUCAGUCAACACAACCAGCACAGCCACCACCACAAUCACCACCUGCAGCACAAUCAGCUCGGCCAGCACAAUCAGCACGCUCAGCACGGCCUUCACAGCCAGCAGCAGCAGCCACCCUUGGCCCAGUGCUCCAUCGCCCCCAACUUCACCACCACCAUGCAGCUGGCAGACAUCCCCGAGUCCGGCAACCCCAACUUCGCCCUCUACGAGAGGAUCAACCCUCAGGGGGAGUACGGCGCCGGCCACUACUCCCAGUCGUCCGGCCUCAGCCUGGCCAAGCUGCAGCAGUUCACCAACUCGUUCAUCGACCACCCAUUCAACCACGCGGCCUCACACCCCAUCACGUCGUACGCAAACAACCCUUCGCUGUCGUCGCAGCACUCCGGCCUGGUGUCCUUACCCCAGACCCCACACAGAGUCCCCAACCCGCAGGUGCAGGCCACCAUGACCCCGCCCCCCAACCUCGGCUCCCCCUCGUCCAUGAUGCUGCAGCCCAACAUGGCCAUCUCCCGCUCGCAGCGCGUGCCCCAGAUGCCGUCGAAGAACCACGCGUCGGCGCGCUCCAAGCCGGCGCCGUUCGCCCACAACCACCAGCACCAGAUGUACACCCGGGCGCCGCAGGCCGUCGCCAUGCAGGCGCCGUCCAGGACGCUGGCGGCCAUGCCCCGCGUGAACAUGAGCAUCAUGCCGGCGCCGGGCUACAACGUCAACUCCAUGAACAUGUCGUCCCUCAACGCCAUGAACGGCUACGGCAUGAGCCAGCCCAUGAUGAACAGCGGCUACCAUGGCAACCACGCCUAUAUGAACCAGUCCCCCCAGUACUCUAUGCAGAUGGGCAUGAUGGGAACGCAGCCAUACCCCCAGCAGUCCAUGCAGGCUCCGCCACAUGGCAACAUGGUGUACCCUCCAGCUGGUCACCAUGGUUACAUGAACACGGGCAUGUCCAAGCAGUCGCUGAAAGGUCCCCUAAUCAGGCGGUAACUCUCCGCAGGACAGAGCUGCUUCUUCUCCUGUGCAUUUGGCUGUUUUUAAAACAUGCACUGAUCAGGCCUUGCUUUCUUCUUCUUCUUUUUUCUUUUUCUUUUUUUUUAUUUCAUGUUUUUGGUGUCUUUUUUUU